UGAUCCUUCUUGUUCACAAAACCAGUGCGAAAGCUACAGACGAAUCAGACGAAUUUUGCAGCGCCAGAAGGGCGGUUUCCCGAAUACAGGGCAGAACAAUCGCUCAGUGUAAGCGCUAGGUUUUCGAGUUUCUACCGAGUGCAAGUUAACUUGACGAGCCAUGGAGAGCGCGCUAUCGAGCGCCUCUGCAAUCACUGAUCAGAGACAAAAGAUCGAACAGUACAAGCUCAUACUUUCAUCCGUUCUCGCCUCCAAUGAUAUCACACAAGCGAAGAAGUUCAUUGAUCACAUGGUGUCGGACGACGUUCCGUUGGUGGUAUCGCGACAACUAUUGCAAAUGUUUGCGCAGGAUCUAGGCAGGUUGGAACCUGAGACGCAAAAGGAGAUUGCACAUUAUGCCCUCACUCAGAUUCAGCCUCGAGUGGUAUCUUUUGAAGAACAGGUGUUGAUAAUCAGAGAGAAGCUUGCUGAGCUCUAUGAGUCUGAGCAGCAAUGGUCAAAAGCAGCUCAGAUGCUUAGUGGCAUUGAUCUGGACUCUGGAAUCAGAAUGCUUGAUGAGACUUACAAGCUCUCCAAAUGUGUCCAAAUUGCUCGCCUUUAUCUUGAGGAUGAUGAUGCUGUAAAUGCAGAAGCCUUUAUCAAUAAAGCUUCCUUCUUGGUUAGCAAUAGUCAACAUGAAGUAUUGAAUUUACAGUACAAGGUUUGUUAUGCAAGGAUCUUAGAUCUAAAAAGGAAGUUCUUGGAAGCUGCACUUCGUUAUUAUGACAUUUCCCAAAUUGAGAAGCGACAAAUUGGAGAUGAGUGGAUUGACGAAGCAGCUUUGGAACAAGCUCUAACUGCAGCUGUUACAUGCACAAUUUUGGCUGCUGCUGGUCCCCAACGUUCUCGUGUUCUUGCCACUUUAUAUAAGGAUGAACGCUGCUCAAAGUUGAAGAUUUAUCCAAUACUGCAAAAGGUUUAUCUGGAGAGGAUUUUGAGAAAACCAGAGAUUGAUACAUUUGCUGAGGAACUAAAAGCACACCAGAAAGCGCUUUUGCCAGACAAUUUCACUGUGCUUGACCGUGCUAUGAUUGAGCAUAAUCUUCUCAGUGCUAGCAAACUCUACACGAACAUAAGCUUUGAGGAACUGGGGACUUUGCUGGGUAUUGCUCCUCAAAAGGCAGAGAAGAUAGCUUCGAGAAUGAUUUAUGAGGAUAGAAUGAGGGGAUCAAUUGAUCAGGUGGAAGGUGUCAUACAUUUUGAGGAUGACACCGAGGAGCUGCAACAAUGGGAUCAGCAGAUUGUGGGUCUGUGUCAAGCCCUUAAUGAUGUUCUCGACACCAUGGCAAAGAAGGGCCUCUCCAUUCCUGUCUGAUUCAUUUCAAAUGACACCGCGGGGAGAUGCAAGGAUGGAAGAUGCCCAGAGGUUAUGCUUCUUAUACAUGUGUAGAUGAGUUGGAACUCUUUUCUUUUGGGCAUAAUCUUGUGAGUUUCGCUCAACAAACAUGUGGUGGUCAAAAUAUUUAAUAUUUGGGCCCCGGCAUUGAUCGGGGGGGGGAGGCUGCUGAUGGUACAUGGUGGUUCCGGUGUCUUUCGGUUUGUAAGUCAACUCAUUUGACUAUUGCUCCCUGUCUAUUAUUUAAUGUUUUAGUUUCGCUUUGCCAAAUUGUCUUGACAAAGGUGGAUGGUUUUGUGCAAUUGCUUGGGUCUUUUAUUGGCAUAAUGAUGAUUUGGAUAUUUGGCAAGAUAACCCUUGAUCUCGUUUAACUGA